AUGCUGAACAUCGAGUCCUCGGAGUUGAGGCGCUUGCUCGAGUCGAAGCUGCCACAGGAGAUCUACGAUGAGAUACGGCGCCUCACUUUCGCGUACGAGCCUGGUCUGCACGAGGUCCAUCCCGACUGGAAGCCGCCCGUACAGCUACAAGUGUGCAGAGCCAUACGUCAAGAGUAUGCUCAGUCCUACUUCGGCCAUGCCUCUACGUUUCUGGUGGACUUCAUCAUCGAUGCCCAACACCGUCAUCUAGUGGGUCGGUGGCUGUCUGGGAUGGACCAAGAAUACGUGCGGCUCAUCGCUGAAGAUCACAUCAUUCUGGUAGACAAUAACAGAAAGACUGGCUCUGUCUGGCGGAAGCGUCAUGUCUUUGCAGGUCAUGAUAUGGUAUUCGUCCUCGCAGUCGUCUCAAGAGCAGAGGCAAUCGAGUUGUACGAAGCCAGGAUUCGGGAGCUAGGCAAGUCGGAAGUGGGUUGA